UGCAAGUGCUUCUGCUAUCGCAAAUCGCCUUUCAAAUACAUCAAUCAUCAUUGUUGGUCGCCUAAGUACUGUAAAUCUUCAACAAAUUAUUCUUUUGUCCCGUUCGAGCCACGAAGGCAGAAGCAUCCCAUCGCCAACAUGACUGAGAAUAAAGAUAAACUUGGUGACAAGGACAAAGAGAAGAAGGACGAAGUCGAAUUGUCGAAAGACCAUGCCAAGGAUAAGGAUCACCAAACGCAGGCAGUAACAAAGGAUUCGCAUCACACCAACCAGUUGCACCCACCACCGACACUGGGUGCCCAACAACAGCCCUCGGCAGACCGAUCGUCAUCGUCACACAAAGAUGAAUUCGGCACACAGCGUGUCUACAAGAAGACCUCACCGAAUUGCGUGCUCACCUUGUAUUUGCCGUCACGUGAGAUAACCUUAUCUGGCAACACGCCAUCCAUUUUGCGUGGCAUUGUUUAUGUGGACCCGAAAGCCAUUCAAGGAUAUCGUGUCUAUGCCCAAUUGACGCUGACAUUUCGUUAUGGCCGCGAGGAUGAAGAAGUCAUGGGUUUGCGUUUUUGCAAUGAAGCCAUUAUGUCACUGCAUCAAAUAUGGCCACGAAAUGAGGAACCAGCCAGGGAUACAUUAAGUCCAUUGCAGGAAGCCUUAUUGAAACGUUUGGGCGAUGGUGCCCAUCCCUUUACCCUGACGUUAACCGCCCAGGCACCACCCAGUGUACAAUUAGUGCCGGCAAAACGUUACUAUGGAGCACCCAUCGGCACCAGUUAUGAUGUGCGCUGUUUUAUUGCCGAUAAAACUGAUGAAAAAUUCCAUCGUCGUGCUUCCGUCAAAAUGGGUGUUCGUGUCAUUUACCGCACCGAUGUUUUCAAUCAUGGCAUUCAUGGUCCGGAAAAUUUUGCCGCUCUCUUCAAUAAUCCCGUUUCCUCGCCACCCGUUACAUUGGCCUGCACCCAGACCACGGCUGUGGCUUCAUCUGCAGCCAACACCCACACAUCGGCGGCAUCGAUGGCAUCAUCUCAUCACUCAAAUUCAGCGGAAGCAACAGCACAUUCUCAUCACGAUUCGUCAACUGCUUCGUCCGCAACGGUAGCACCCUCAUCCUCGUCCGGUGUAAAUGAAACUCGUUCAUCGUGUGGCGGCAAAAGCCGCAAGUCGGAACGUGGUGACUCUUUUCCGAAAUUACGUUUAUCGCCGAAAUCCUUUCGUUUCAGCAGCCGUUUUGGCCGCAGUAAAAGUGAAGUGGAAAAAUGUCCCAGUGAUCCGUUUUACAAUUAUAGUAAAUCAUUUCAGGAGUAUGACAGUGUGGCUGGUGUCACCGCCUGCGGUGGUGGCGGUGGGCCACAAGGUGCCGUGGAUAAACCCUUCCUACUGCAAGAUGGCCGUGUCGGAUUACGUGCGAGUUUGGAUAAGGCCUGGUACACCCAUGGCGAAGAUGUUUGUGUAACCAUAAAUAUACGCAACGAUAGCAGGAAGACAGUACGAAAAGUUCGGGUCUGUGCCAUUCAGCAUGUCGACGUGUGUAUGUUUAACAAUGGAAAAUUCAAAAAUGUCGUUGCUGAUUCGGAUACCCAAUCACCACCACCCAUAGAUCGUACCGUACCACCUGGUAGCACACUGAACACCACAGUCACCCUCAAACCCCAGCGUGGACCCACCAAAAACUGGAUAGCCUUGGAGGAUACGUUACAAAGAAGCACUGAACCCGAUGAAAUCACCGGAGCCAUAGCAGCCUCGGCUGUGCGCACACCACACUUUCUAAUGCAGGCCAAUCAUUCGCCCAAUUAUUGCUCCAGUCCGGCCGUCUUUGUGCCACCUCUGCCCACAUCAGCCACGAGUAGUUCAAAUCCUGCCACUAACGAUGAACGUAAUGUCUUUGCCAUCUAUGUUUCCUAUUAUGUCAAGGUGAAGUUGACACUCUCCGGCAUGGGUGGGGAGCUGUCACUGAAGCUGCCCUUUGUUCUGGUGCACAUUGAUGAGGAACAGCGGCAUUUGAGUGAAAUGCAAAUGGAAAAGUUGGCCUUGGAUGAUGUGCCGGCUGGCAAGAAAAAUGGUGGCAAGACAAAGCCUCCUCCUUCGCCCAACAAAAUUGAGAACAGCCAAGAGUUUACCGUUAGCCACAGCCUGGAUCGCAUAGAGUCGGUAGAUGAUGAAAACAUUCACAUUAAGGUGUCACAUGUCAACAGUGCCGGCAGCAAUGCCAGUGCUCUAAUGCCUUGUCCCGAAGAUGAACAACCCUCCACGAGUGCGGCCAGCAAUCGUAGACGCCAAUUGAUUCGUAGUGAAACCAUUGCCAAAGAUUUGGAUGAAGAUCCAAUGACAGCAACGGCAGCGUCUGCAGCCGAAAUGUCCGGCGAGCAUGUGGUGCAUGUUGCCCAAAUCCAUAGUGCCAAUAAUUUGCCAAAAUUCGAAGAGACUGGCGCGGACAAGGAUCACCUUGAAAUGGAACACAAGAGUGUAUCGGCUCAGGUUUCGCAUGAGUUGAGCAUUAAUCAGAUACAGGAAUGCGUCGCAUCAACUGAACCGAAAAGCGCCAGCAGCGGCAAUGAAGCAGCGACGACAACAGCUUCCAAUGGAGUGUGAUUUCGAUUAUUACGUCAAAUUUUUCAGAAAAAGAAAAAUGGUUAAAUGGCUUUAAAUAGGCUAACAAUGUGAUGGCGGGGAGGAGGUGCAAAAGAG